AUCAACUUCGAGUGUAGCAUGGCCGACCUCAAACAUUUGACGAUACUGGAAAGAAGAAAGUCGGCAAAAAAUGUGCACAGUAUGAUGUUAUUCUUGAGAUUAAAAAAGGAAAAUUGAGAAUCCUAAUAAAGGUUUGUACGGUUUCUAUAUUCAAGGAUUUUUUUGUUGUUGUCGCAAUAUUACUGGAUCCAUAUACAAUUUUUGUAGCCUAGUAAUGUUUGUCAAAGCAGACUCUGUGACACGUUUGACAGUGUUAAAAAAAAGCGAAAGAUGUUUUACUUAGCAGCUGGUAAAGAUAUUUUGGAAUGGAAAAAAUCAAUGAUUAAACAUUGCAUAUACCGCUUUUAGAAAAUUUUUGCAUUUUAUGUGCAGUUCACUCUGGUGUACGGUAUGGUACUAAUACUGGUCAAUCAGAACUGUGAAAGUGAAUUUUAUUUUGAUUAGAGAACACGCUUUUGUAUCAGUUGUUAAUCAGUUAGAGAUAAUAAAGUAGUUGUCUUUUGAAUAUGUAUCUAAUUGAUGAUGUACAAAAUUAUUUUGUCAAUAUUUUCAUAAAUUGCCCACAAUUUCAUAAUUUUGUUUGAAAAUGAGUUUUAUAAUUGCUGUUCAUUAUAAUGAAAAAACAACAUUAUAUUCUUAAAAGUUGGUAAUUAAGUCCCAGUGCAUUAAUUAAUAGAUUAAAUGGAUUAAGCAACAAAUCUUGAUACGGAUUCUUGUUAUUUGUCAUCGGAUAUGAUAUAAUGCACAGUCGUUUAGUUUUGGGUGAUUCAUUUGUUUGAAUAGUGGUUUGUUGGACUUUAAGAUUCACUUUCUUAUUAAUGUAUUUGAUUUUAAAAUCUUGACAAAUGUUGUUAAGUGAUACUGAGCACCGCAGACAGGACAUAUACGUGAAAAUACACACCUUUUGUGUAUAAAGAUAAACUAUUUAUUCUGCAAAAUUGGGAUGAAAAGACUUUGAAAAUAAAGGAUAUUAUUUCUUGAUUCAUUCAGGAAAGGUUAUUGGCCCAGACUGAGGGAUAUGGUAAACAUGAAGCAUGGAUUAAUCAUAUUUUAAAUCUUGAGGGAUUUAAGUCUUUUUUUACUCGUACUUUCUUUGUGAUUCCUGCCGUUCAGUGGGGUCUUUGAGUUGAGCUGGUGAUUUAGAACUGGCAUGAGCCAGGUAAGUCUGCACAGUUUUCUAAUCACAUAAAUCACAGGCGGAAGUCCUUACAGGUCUGAUGACUCGAUUUUGCUACCAAAGCAUGUUUUUAUCACGGCAUGGUUAUAACCCCCUGUGUCGCUCAGCCAAAUAUGAUUUUUUUUGCUCAGUACCAAGUCACCAGAUGAUGUAGAUUAACAUUCAGAAUAUAUAGAGUCUUGGUCAUGUAGUUAACAUUCAGAAUAUAUAGAGUCUUGGUCAUGUAGUUAACAUUCAGAAUAUAUAGAGUCUUGGUCAUGUAGUUAACAUUCAGAAUAUAUAGAGUCUUGGUCAUGUGUUUCGUUGACGCCCAAGAGUUUUUUGGGACACAGGUAUAAGUCAUUUUAGUCGUGUAAAACUCCACACCUUGUUAGUGAGACUAGGAGGGAGGAUGUGAUUAUGAUCUGUUUGAUGUUCUGAGUAGACCCUGGACAAAACACUGGGCUACUUCUAUCUUUAUCAGUCACUCUAUCGUGCUGAAGGUGCUUAUUAUACUUGGCCAAGUGUUGAGCAAUUACUGGUCCAGAACAAAUACUCUGCAACCAUUUUACUCUAGCCAGGGGACUCAAGUUAGAAAAUGGGAUAGGGAGAGAGAAAGGCAGGUGUCGACAAAUAGUCAUGAAAUACACAACAUAAAAUUCUUUUGAUUUAUCUGAUUAUUUGAUAAAACUCCUCUUAUUUCUGAACGAAAGAGAAUUUAUAACUUCCAUCAAAGAGAGUAACCAGAGAGAGUACUUGGAAAAACUCCUGCUGUGAACAGUCCAGGUUUUUUUUCAUGACAUAUCUUGUUUUUUAUUGGUAUAUGAUUAUAGAUCAUGUAGAUAGAUUAGGAUAUACAUUUUCAUGUUUUUACAUGUGCUCUGUCAUCCAGAUAAAUAUUUAAACUGUCUUUAUCCAUGAAAGAAAGGAAUAGAUUUAUGAUGGGUGAUCUAUCUGAAUUUUAUAAAGGUUAGUACAAGAAGUUCGGAGACAACAGCCAUAAGGAUACAGCCUGUGUAGUGAUUCAUCCCCGGGUCUAUUGAUUUUGCAGAUCAUCUGAAAGUCUUCCUUCUGCAUUGAAGUCUGCAGAUAUUUUUUUUUACGAUUUUAACAUAACUCUGAAGUCUUCUGCAAGAGUGAAGAUCAAGAAAAGACCAGAGCAAUUGAUCAUCUCGAGUUCUGUCAGUCUUGAUUGUGUCACGCAGUGUGGAUCUGUGUAUAAUACACAAAAGAUUUUGUACAUUAUCAAUAUUGCAGGGUUACAUGUGCACUCCAAAUUGUUUGCUUUCUUCAAAGGGCUGUGUUUUUGUAGAUUUUGGGGUUGGAGUUGAUGAAUUGUUGUGACAAUGCUGGGCAGUCGCACUGUCUCCUCCUGUCGACAUCACAUCAGUGGUCAGUGAACCACAGCAAACUACCACACUUCCUCACUCAUAAACCACCACACAUGACAUAAAUACUAUCAGAGUUUGCCAUCUUUUUUUUUUUUUGCGACAGCUUUGUAAGUCAUGUUUAGAGUGCCUACAUCGCCCGCUCUCUGCCCAUAUCAAGUUUUACUCCUUUGUUGUAAGGGGUUGUCUGAUAGUGAAGUCAUUUCACCUCCACAAACAAGUAUUAUUUCAGUAUUUUUGUAAGGUUUUAUGCAAAGGUGUUGGUUUGUUGUGAUAAGUACAAUGACUGUGUUUUAUUUUGAUAGGUCUAACAAAUGUCAUCUUUUGUACAGGCAAUUCAGACCUAAUUUGUGUUGUCUAUAUCUCUCCUGAUUGUGGGGGUCAAAAGUUCUUAUCAGAGGAAGGCGAUUUGUUUUGUGGAAGUUUUACCUGAAUGCAUCAGCAUUGCUUGUUGUGUUAAUGAUAUUACAGGUUGCUGAUGGUACAAAGGCUUCUCUCAGAUGUUGUUCUGUGAGGGAAUCCUAGUUAAAAUAUUUGUGAUUUACCUACUUAUCAACCAGACUUUACUGAUGUUUAUUUUUACAUGUUUGGGAUUAUUUUCUUGUAUUGAUAAAGGAAUUCAAUAAAUAUUUGUAGUUCCUAGUGUCUUUUCGGCCAGUACCUGCUCUAUUGUGCAAUUUUUUAGCACUAUCAGCGUUACGUAAAAAGGGAGAGGUCUCGUAUAUAUUGGCUAAGUCUGUUUUGCUUUCCAAUCCCAUCAAUUCAUUGAAAAAAUAUUGUUUAAAUGAAGAAGAAAAAACCCACUUAUAUUAAAAUGUGCUAUAGCUGAAUGUAUUUUCUACCAAAAUUCUGUAUUCUAGGUGAUCAAAGUACAUGCACAUAACCUGCAAAUUAACAUGAUUAUGUUUUACAUGUCGAUUAUGUUGAACGUGUCGUAAUCAGCUAAUUGCAGCCUUUGAAUGCCAGACAGACUGUAUGUGUCGUGUUUCACAUUGUGUUACCACAUAGGAGACAUGUUUAUCUGCACACCUGUGUACAUACGCAAUGUAGACAGAAUAUAUCGCCAUUAUUUGGACAAGUUAAAUUAAAGUAUAUUGACUUUUGGAUAGGACAGAUAGUAAAUUACUAGUACAUAAUGCUUGCUCUAUACAACAUAGCUGUCAAUCAACUGGUCUCAAAAAUAUGAAAAUCUGGUUAUAUGAAAUGGGCAUUUGGUUUGUCAUUUUCAGUUAUAGAAAAUAUGCAUCUUAUGGCACAUCUUCGCUAGCCUACUAGGUUUCUGAACACUUCUCUCCUCUCAAAUAGAAAUUUAACCUGUGGCUAGCGAAGAUCUUACUGCAUACUGAAAUGAUUUUGAUAGACAGAGACUACAUAAUCCCCCCCACCUCAUAUAUUGCAUAAAUUGUGUUUUAUAAAUGUAUGAAAUUUAUUGAAUUUGAGUAGCACCCAACAUUUAUGUAACUGUCUGAUUCAAUUCACAUCGAUUAUUUGCAAGUAUAUUAUUGUUGACUUUUCACUUCAGUUUGGAUGUAUUUUUGAAGUGUUAAGAGGAGUUCCUAUUAGCAGACUAUAGACACGGGGCAGACAAGGUUUGACAUGAUACAAAGACUGCAAGGUGACGUGGGUAAACCACAGCCAUUAAAGUCCCAAUUUGUCAAUGGGAUUAGGGUUCGGCCAGCUGUGUACGACCCAUCUCAUUGUCAGGUCUUUAUGUUUCGUUUAUUUCUGGGACUUCCAUUGCAAGUAUGUGCAAAUUCUGGUUAACAUCAUUUUACAAGUUGAUCAUGGGUGUGUUAUGUUUGAUAAGAAAAUAAAAGUAAGACCUUUAGCUGUCCAUAAAUAUAGACAAUUCUGUGAGGGAGGAGUCUAGUGUGUAUUGAUGAAAGUCUGGCUGUUCGCACGUGAUAUUGUAUUUUAUGUUGUUUAAUAAGUUAAUAUGAUUCUUUAGAAAAGAAUUAUGUUUAUAGGUAUGUGCUUGAAUGUGUAUUUGAUUACGAAUUUUAGCUGCCAUGUUUUCAAUCAAUUCUUUUCUUCGUUUUUACAAUCAACAGUUUAUUAGUUCAGGUUUCUUUGUUUAUAUCAGAUCCUAUGAUUUUCAUCUGGUUUGGCAAAUAAAAAUCAUUGAUGAAAGGUUAAAGUGGAAGCCCAAAGAAAAAUGACCGAGAUUUGCAAAGGCUUAGUGGGUGGUCAUGAUGUACAGCAGUAAAUUAAUACUUUACCUUGUGCCAGGUACAAAAAAGUUGAUUUUGUGUCCUGUGUAUUGCCACAGGUAAUAAAAAAUUCACCUGAUUUAAAAUCGGGACCCUAUGCAAAUUAUAGAGUAUAAAAUUUGAAAAUGAAGUGAGGCAGAAACGUUUAAUUAGACCAUCUCUUCGCAUUUCAAAUUUCAAAUUGCAGAAUAAGGUCAUUGGACUCUUUUCAUCAAAAAUUUAAUGUACUUGCACUGUGUCUCUUCAUACAAGAAGAAAUUUAUAACUGUACUUGCAUAUUGAAUUAUCAUUUUCUAAUCUGUAUAUUUAAUGUACCUAUAAUGUAUGUAAACAUUAAUAAACCAGUUAACUAGGUUUUUAGAAAGAUAAUAGAUUCUGAAUUCAAUUUUUAAAAGGAUAUAGGAGCCAUAUUGUUUAAAUUGUUGGCGGUACUCUUUUCAUUCAUUGACGAAGUGCACACAAGCAGGAUAUACUGUGUGCUGUUGAUAAAGGUAAUUUACAGGUGUGUUUAGGGGUUAGGUAGUGCAUUACAUUUUGUUGUUUUGGUCUGACACCGAUUCAAUAAAGCCCAGGAAACCAACGGUCUGUUAUGUAAAUUAAUUUGUCUUUUUUUAUCACGGCUCAGAGCAUUUUGCAAGGGAACAAGUCUUUCGUUUUUCGCUUUUCAAGAUGUGGCCAUUUCACCUGGGAAAAUUGAAAACACAUCUGAUAAGAGCUUGGUAGAGUAUUGGAGUGUGAGCUCUGUCAGGGAACAGGUGAUCUGAAAAUCUAGUGAUUGAUUGGGUUUUAUGAGGUGCUAAAGUGGAGAUUAAUGACAAUUCACUUUUUCUCAAUGGAUUUACAUGUGAAUUUACCUUAAAAGAGAUGUGAAGAGUGAACAGUAUGGGUAGUUUUGCCCAAGCCUGGUGGGACAGCAGAAAAUGGCUCCAGUUGUGGUUGAUUGCAUUGGUCUUCCAUAUACCAUGGAUACAGGGGGAAGUAAUGUCACAAGACCAGUUUCAUUUCACCUCGCAGCUGUACAAUGCCACCAUUCCGGAGCGGGCACCCAGCCGGAGCUACAUCACGGCCUCACAGAAGAUGGGUAUUUACAUUACAGACCCCAAAGUAGAUGUGAAUUACAAAAUUGUCGAUGGUGAUCGAUCAGACAUUUUCAAAGUGGAGCAUAAGAGAGUUGGAGAUUUUGUGUUUUUACGAAUUCGCACUCACACUAGUAGUUAUGGGAGUCUAAAUCGUGAGUUGAUUAGUAAGUAUUAUUUAAAAGUGAAAGCUGUUGGACAGGUAACACAGAAGGAUGUGUUAACGGCGUACACUAAUGUGAUAAUUCGCGUGCAGGAUAAGAAUGAUCUCAGUCCAUUGUUUGACAGGGAGAAUUAUAACGUGACUGUGUCUGAGGACACUGGCUUACAUUCCACGAUUCUGUCUGUGUCUGCGUCGGACGGUGAUGAGGGGGUCAAUGCAGAAGUCUACUAUAGCCUGUUGACAAAAACUAAAUUUUUUGCUGUACAUCCAUCCUCGGGAGCUAUAACCGUAACUCGACCACUAAAUUUUUUUGAGAAACGAAUACACCAUCUUACAGUGACUGCCCAGGAUCGAGGGCCUAAAUCAGUGUACAGUGCUGUAAUGCAAAGAAAUGCGAAAAUAACAAUAUAUGUCACACAAGCGAACUUUCAAGCACCAGAAAUAAGUGUGAAAAGUUUCCGUAAAAUUAAAAAUACAGGGAAUUCGGGAGUUGUAUAUGCUGUGUUAACUGUUAGUGAUGAUGACGCUGGGAAAAAUGGCGAAAUUAAGGAUGUUUCAAUCUACAAUGAUCCAAGUGGUCUUUUUAAAGUGCUUCCAUCCAAGGACACUAUAGGUGAAUAUCAUCUACUAUACACAAACUCACAGCGACAGAGUUCCAUUUUUAAUAAUUUUUAUAUAACCAUUCAAGCCUCUGAUUCAGGAAAUCCCCCUAAAGUGACUCAUGAAAAAAUUCAUGUUCAUGUAGAUGACCUAAAUGAUUAUGGUGCUAUAUUUGUCUCUGACCACUAUGAGAGCUCAGUUCCAGAGGAUGUGCCAGUGGAGACCUCCGUGUACUAUGUAAAGCCCAGUGUUACAAAUCAAAUGGGGGCGACAUCUCAGCUCAUGUACGAAAUCUUAUCCGGAAAUGACAAAAAUCUAUUCAAAAUCAAGAAAGAAACCGGCUUAAUUAGAACGGCCUCACUCUUAGAUGCAGAAACUGAUUCUUCUGUUGAACUAGUCAUCAAUGCCUACAAUCCCAAAUCAGUAGGUACUCUCAAUAAAGCAUCUGCAACUGUCACUAUAUCCAUCCUAGACACAAACGAUAAUGCACCAGUUUUCAAAGUAAAUGAGACUAAUAUUGUCUUUGAUGAAAAUACCCCUGAGGGUACCAUAAUCUACAAAGUGGUCGCUGAAGAUGCUGAUCAGGGCAUGAAUGCAAGAGUCAGCUUUUCUAUCACCAACCAAGAUGCAUUGCCAUUUGAAAUUGAUCAUUUUACUGGUGACAUCAAACUCGCACAAAGCCUUGACUAUGAGACUAUGAAAAGAGACUACAGAGCUGUUGUCCGAGCAACAGACUGGGGCAGUCCAUUCAGCCGAGAAUCAGAAACCCUGCUUUAUUUUCAUUUGCACAAUGUCAAUGACAACAGUCCACUAUUUGAGAAAGUGAAUUGCUCGGGGUACCUUUCCCGUGAAGCCCCUAUAGGGACGGACAUUGUAACCACCCCAGCUAUUGAUUUUGAUUAUAGUGAUCUCACGUACUCUAUCAAGUCUGGAAAUGAAGAUGGCUGCUUUGAAGUUGAUUCAAGCACUGGGAAGUUAAUUUUGAACUGUAGUGUGGAACUUCACAAUCAAGACCAACGGCAAAUUCUUAUUGUUGUCAGCGAUGGAAAAUUUGACUCCGAUCCAAUUUUUGUUAACUUGACUUUGGUGAACAAUAAGAAAAAUAUACAAUUAUCAAACAAAGAUGCAAAUGUACAAUGCCAAUCCACAGAUGCAUCAGAGAGAUUUCUGAAAAUAUUGCAGGUAUCUAGUCACAACAAUGAUGAAGGCCCAUCAUCUGACCCCAAAUUAGGAGCCCUAGAAACACCCAAUGGUUACACACCCAAAUUCAAUUCAACACUGUCUAAAACAUUAGAAAUCUCGGAAAGUACAGCUGUAGGCACUAGCAUUUUAAAAAUAGGGACCACAGACGAAGACAAAGGCUUUAAUGGCUUGGUGCAGUUUGCUAUUCUUGAUGGUGAUUCACUUGAUCAGUUUCAAGUCCAUCCAUCUUCAGGUGAGCUGAUGGUCGUUUCCAAACUGGACAGAGAAAAUAUUCCAAAAUAUGACCUUGAAAUACAAAUUUCCGACAUGGCCGACCCAGCGAAAAGAAAGUCUGAUAUUACUGUCAUCACUAUUAAUUUGAAAGACGAGAAUGACAAUGCACCAAAGUUUGAGAAGGACAACUAUGAGGUGUCUGUGUAUGAAAGCCUGCUCGUGAAUGCCACAGUCAUCCAGGUGAUAGCUACAGAUCUGGAUAUCGGAAACAAUGGAGAAGUAGUCUACUCACUGGCUGGAGAUGAGGAUAAGUUUUGUGUUGAUUCAAAAAGUGGAAUAAUAUCUGUGAAAAAGCCUCUGGAUAGAGAAAUACAAGGUGUGUAUCAUCUGCACGUAAAAGCCACGGAUCUCGGCAAGAAACCUCUGUCCUCCACAUCUACUGUGAAAGUGAUUCUAUUAGAUGACAAUGAUAACAUUCCCAAGUUUGUCCCAGACAGUUAUGACAUCAAAAUCCAAGAGGACAUUCCGGUGGGAACUGUGGUCACCACCAUCAAGGCAGAGGAUAGAGAUGAAGGAGAAAAUGGAAGGCUCACUUACAAACUCAUCUACGGUGUCGAGGACAUGUUUGAGAUUGAUGGGGAUACAGGGGUCAUCCGCUUAAUCAAAUCUCUUGACUAUGAAACCAAGCAAGUGUAUAACAUCAGUGCCCAUGCUGAAGAUGGAGGUAAUCCCUCCAUGGUAUCUGCUUGCUUCAUUAAUAUUGAAGUUGUAGAUGUUAAUGAGAACUAUGAAGCACCUGAGUUUGACGACUUUGUGGGAUACGGCAUUGUGAAGGAGAACGUUCCUAUUGGUACACAAGUGAUGACAGUCACAGCCCGUGACCCGGAUGUAGAUCCCUGGAUCGUCUCCAUGGCAACCCCCUUGACCUACUCCAUCAGAGAGGGCAGCGGUUUGGGAUUCUUUAGCAUUGACAAUGAAGGCAUCAUUCGAACCAGUCGGGUGUUGGACUGUGAGAGCACCUCCCACUAUUGGCUCACAAUAUAUGCCACAGACCGAGGCCUUGUCCCCCUCCACACACGCCACGAAGUCUACAUCAAAAUCACGGACGUCAACGACAAUAUCCCACAGAUGCAGCAGCCAAUAUACUUCAUGAAUGUCACAGAAAAUGCGGCAGAGGGCACAGUGGUCGGACAGGUUCAGGGUUACGAUGAUGACAUCACAUCGCAGCAGGAACUGAGUUACAGCAUAGCGGAGACAGCUCCUUCAUCGUUCUUUAGGAUUAAUGGAAUCACAGGAGUGAUCACAACUACCAGGAAAAGGCUGGACAGAGAAAGACAAGAGAAACACAUUCUACAGGUUGUGGUGAGCGAUUCUGGAUAUCCUGCCUUGUCUUCCACUGCCCAUGUGGUCAUUGAAAUCCUCGACCAAAAUGACAACAAGCCAGAGUUCUUGGAGAAAGUCUACAGAACCAGAUUGAUGGCAAUUACAGAAGACAGUGGAAAGACAUCAUUACUGAAGGUGACUGCCAAGGAUGAUGACAAAGGACCUAAUGCCCAGAUCACUUACAAAAUCAAGGGCAAGAAACAGAUAUUUGGUAUAGAGAGAGACACGGGGAUGAUUUUUGCGAAGGGUGCACUGAGAGUGGGAAGCUAUAAUUUAAAGGUCCAGGCUUUUGACAAUGGCAAACAGAAGAAGAAAGCCACAGCCAGAGUGAGGCUGGAGGUGCUCCCUGUCCCGGCCUCCUCACUGAACCCUCCCAAAUUUCCCAUCCCUUACUACGAGGUUCAGGUUAUGGAGAACAGCAAGGUCGGGGAGGUGCUGGACGUGUACCAAGCUGAGGACAUUGACCGGAACAAACUCUCUUACUCUUUGACAGAUGGUGAUCCUGAAAACCAGUUUGGUAUUAAUCCUGAGUUUGGAAGUAUAGUGACAACAAAGUUACUAGACCGUGAAAAAAGGGACCAUUACAAUCUGACUGUCAUGGCAACUGAUGGCAUCCAUCAAACUGCUGUCAAGAUCUACGUAACGGUGUUAGACAUUAAUGACAACACGCCAGAAUUCACGGAAGCUGUAUACAAAAAGGACAUAUCGGAGUCUGUUUCCAUGGGAACCAGUGUCCUUACCAUCUCGGCUACAGACAAAGAUCUACACAGUCGACUCUUCUACAAGCUUUCAGGAGCAGCAAACGCAAUCAGCCUGCAAUUAUUUGAAAUUGACAGUGAAACUGGUGUGAUCAGUGUGAAACAAGCUCUUGAUAGAGAAGUGAUGACCAAACACGUAUUAACUGUUAUGGUCCGAGACCAGGGAUUCCCCAACAACAAGAACUUUACCAGGGUGACCAUCAGGGUGCUGGACGAGAAUGACCACCCCCCACAAUUCAUUUCUGAUGUCAUGGAGACCAAUGUGUUUGAGACAUCAGCCAUCGGGACUUUUGUAGCACAACUGACGGCCAUUGACCAAGACAAGGGGCAGAAUGCUGAGAUAGCUUACUCCAUCGUCUCGGGAAACAUCGACAUGGCAUUUGCACUGGAUGAGACCCUAGGCAUUAUUUCUGUGGCCAAGAAACUGGACAAGAGUGAGCGGACUGAUUACAGUGUCAUUGUCCAAGCCACGGACAAAGGCAUUCGACCACUCAGUAGUACAGCUACAGUCAACAUUCACAUCACUAUGUCAAAUAAUGCCCCACCCAAGUUCUCACUCAAAAAGUAUGUAACUGAAGUGAUAGAGAAUUCAGCGAUAGGAAAACCUAUUGUUUCAGUGAAAGCUGAAAGUCAGUCUUCAGUCAACUAUGAAAUAAUCGCAGGAAAUGAUAAUAUGACCUUCUCCGUGAAUCCGAAUUCUGGAGUGGUGUACCUGAAAGAUUCAGUAGACUAUGAGUCUGUGGACUUUUACAAUCUGACUGUUCUCGCCACCAACACCUUGGGUAAAGCUGAUUCCACAUUUAUCUGGAUUCAUGUUUUAGAUGCCAAUGACAAUGAGCCUUACUUCACAGAGACCUUCUACACAGGAAGUAUAAGUGAAAAUUCACUUCCUGGCAGCCUCAUUCUGGGAGCAGAUGGAAAACCAUUGGUUAUAACAGCUAAGGAUGAUGACAUUGAUGAGAAUGCACAAUUAGUAUAUGAAAUAGUUGAUGAAGAGGCGGGAGAAUUCUUUACCAUUACAAGGGAGACUGGGGCAAUUAAAUCUAAAGUUUCGAUUGACAGGGAGAAAUUUAAAACAUUUGAAUUUUUAGUUCAUGUGAAAGAUUCUGGUAAGCCACAACUGCAUGCCUUAGAACCAGCCCAAGUUGUGAUUAAUGUGACCGAUGUUAAUGACAAUCCACCUGUGUUUUCACUCCCAGAAUUCCGGGUCGAGAUCCUUCUUCCCACAGCCUCGGAUGUAGAGGUCGUCACAUUGACAGCAACAGACACAGAUCUGGAUGACAACGCAAAUAUUGUGUACUCUAUAAAAGAUGGAAAUAAUGGUGGGAAGUUUAAAAUUGACAAAAAUUCAGGAACCAUAUAUGUUGUGGAUGAUUCUAACAUGUCUGAUGAAUAUCAACUGACAAUUCAAGCUUCAGAUGGAAAAUAUGUUACCAGUACAUCUGUAGUCCUAACAGUUAUCCAAGCCUCUGAUGAUGUCAGUCUCUUGUUACACCAUAAUGAAUACAAGUUGUACAUACAUGAAAAUGUCGCUGUGCCACAGUCUCUCACAGUACUCCAAGUAGCCAGUGUAUUAAACCAGCCCAAUCUCUUCACACUUCUCAAUGGUAAAGGCAUGUUUGAUGUUGUAAGGACCUCUGGGGUUUUACAGACAACAGGCAAACCAUUUGACAGAGAGGAGAGGGACCAGUACAAGAUUAUAGCCCAAGUGGAGGAUUUCAGUGGAAAACGGAAGCCACUGCACAUUAUGAUCCACGUUACCAUCCUGGAUGAAAACGACAAUGCUCCACUGUUUGUGAACCAGCCCUAUGACGCUGUGGUAUCUAUGGACGCAGAUGAGGGGACUGUUGUAACUCAGGUGAUGGCUGUAGAUAAAGAUGCUGAUUUAAAUGGAAAUGUGACCUAUGCCAUUAAAAAUCAGGUGGGAAACAAUUUUGAAAUAGAUGCAGGAAGUGGUCACAUUCGACUGAAAACUUCCUUAUCCAAUCAGGAAGUGGACCAGACUCUGUCAGUAGUAGUGCAGGCCACAGAUAAAGGUCAACCCUCGCAGUCAGCCGAGGUUACAGUCCCUAUACGUAUCAUCAGCCGUAGUCAUCCCAUUUUCAACAAGUAUUUCUAUUCUGUGGAUGUUAAGGAGAAUGUCCCUGCUGGGACACCGAUCUGGAGCCUUAAGGCUGUCAGUCCCAGCAACCAGAAGCUGAUCUACUCCAUUACAGAUGGUGAUCCCUAUAAGGAAUUCACAGUGGACUUUAACAUUGGCAUGGAACAUCAGGGUCCAUGCAUUAUUUCUCUAACCACGGCUUUGGACUAUGAGUCAACAAAAGUGUACAACUUGACUGUGAGAGCCACUGAUGUUUUAACUGGGUCAUACGGGGAGGCAAAACUCCAGAUUAAUGUCUUGGAUGUGAAUGAUAAAAGUCCUUCCUUUACGCACUAUAAAUACACCAAGGUCCUAUCAGAGGUUGUAUCCGUGGGAACCUUUGUACUCAAGGUCACCGCAACGGACGAGGAUUCUGGAAUCAAUGGACAAGUCCAUUAUGACCUGUCUCCAUUGGAAACGUCCAGAAGUGUCUUCACGUUCCAGAUCCAUCCGACCACAGGUGUUAUCCAUACUGCAAGGUUACUGGACUAUGAGGAAAUGCCAGAGUAUUUGUUCAAUGUUGUGGCAACUGAUGGUGGCAUGCCAGCCUUGAACAUGAGUGUGUUGGUUCACAUUAUUGUCAGUGACCUCAAUGAUAACCCUCCUUAUUUUGAUCAGCCCACAUACUCUGGUAUCAUAAAAGAUUCUACCCCAGGCUUACAUGUUGCCAAGGUAACAGCCACAGACCCGGACAAAUGUAGUCAAGGAAACUUAGAAUACUCUAUCGUAGGUGGAAAUGGUGAUCAGGUUUUUCAGAUUCAUGCCAAGUCUGGCUUGAUAUCGAUCUCCCCAAGAAGACACUCGAUCCUUUAUCCAGCAUACACGCUCAACGUGUCGGUAUCUGAUGGAGUGUUUACUAGCUUUACGACAGUAUCGAUUACUCUAGAGAAUAGUAACCUUCACUCCCCGAUCUUCACUAAGGUUCUGUACCAGGCCAGAGUGAUGGAAAAUGUAGGGAGAGGGAUACCCAUCACAUCGGUGAAGGCUGUGGAUGAAGAUCGCGGAUAUUUUGGCAUGAUCUCCUACUCUGUAAUGUCAUCAGAAAUGAGACAGUCCUUUACCAUUGACGCAGACACUGGUGAAAUAUUUGCUGAGAGAUUGUUUGACAGAGAAGACCAGUCAUCGUAUUCUGUCACCAUAGCAGCCACAGACAAUGGUGGACGAAUGGGGUACACAACUGUGAUCAUCAACAUCACCGAUGUCAAUGACAAUGAUCCCGAGUUCCUCCACACAGGGUACAAAGUUUCAGUCCCAAUGAAUGCUGGGAAGGGCAGACCCCUGGUACAGGUCCAGGCUACGGACCCUGACCACGGGGAGGCUGGGAGAAUUACCUACAAUAUAUAUGAUGCCUCACUGAUCAUAGCAGGAACUUUAUUUACUGUGGAACCUGAUACGGGCACUCUGAGUGUGAAGGCAGAUUUAAGUGACAGAGUUGGCCAUUUGUUCCAGUUUUUUGUUGAGGCAGAGGAUCAUGGAAGCCCCCAGCUUAAGAGCAAUGUUCCCAUAGAGAUCUACAUCACCAGCGAUAAAGAAAAAGUUCCUCUCACCAAAUCAGAAACCACCUUCAUCAUCUCAGACAGCAAACGAGUCGGAGACAUUGUCGGCAAAGUGGUAGUAGUGACAAAGUCUCUGGUGGAUUUCAGCAUUAUUUCUGGAUUCACCCAGAAAAGGAAUAGUCCCGAAACUUUUGCUAUUAAUAGUGAGGGUGAAAUCAUUCUGUUGGAUUUAUGGAGGGUACAGAAAUUGCCCGAGUAUGAGUUUUCAGUACAGAUUGCAUUGAGAGAUAAUCCACAGGUUGUUGCACACUCCCAUAUUACCAUCACUGUGCAGAACUUCCAAUCAGAUCCUCCCAGUUUUGAGACCAGUUUAUAUGCUGUAUCUGUGGCUGAAAACCAGGAGAAGGGAACCAGUGUAGUGCAGUGCAGACUCCUUAGUGAUGGAAAAUUUAUAACAACUGGCCAGUACAAGUUUGAUCAUCAGACAACUGUCAAAUAUGAGCAUUUGUUUGAAAUGAAUGAAUACACUGGCUGGAUAAGUUUGGUAUCGGAACUAGACAGGGAAACUCAGGAGGUCUACAACCUCACUGUGGUGGCGGAGCAGAAGUUCGGCUUCACCAGCAAAGUGGUCGGUAACACCACUGUCGCAGUAACAGUGACAGACUGCAAUGACAACCCGCCUAUCUUCAGCCAACAACAAUACCAGACAGCGGUCAACGAAGACGCUUUCUCGGGAACGGUAUUUUUGGCUCUGACGACGACAGACGCAGAUUCCGACGGUGAGGUGGAGUAUUUCAUUGCUGAGGGAGACAUCAUGGGCAGGUUUAAAAUCCACAAGAAUGGGAAUAUCUAUGUGACUAAGCCGUUAGAUAGGGAGACUGUUCCUUCCUAUGACCUGACAGUGGCAGCGACCGACGGAGCUUUGGUAUCCAUGGCUAAAGUCAGUGUGGAGAUUCUCGAUGCUAAUGACAACUCGCCAGUCUGCGAUGAGCCAAUACAUCAGCACGUCCUUUCAGAGGACAUAGGGACCUCAGUAAUCAUCACCCAGGUCAAGGCUACGGAUGCAGACAGCAUGUACACUCCUAAUGGGGAAAUCCAUUACAUCAUCAAAGGGGAGGAGAGUGCACUCUUUACCAUCAACAGGGAGAAAGGUAUCCUGACACCUAAGACGACACUGGACAGAGAGAAACAGUCCCAUCACCAUGUAGUGGUGAGUGCUGUGGACGGCGGGGGACUGUCCUGUGAUGUGGAUGUCUACGUAGAAUUGUCUGAUGUCAACGACAAUGCCCCUGAGUUUGUAGACCUACCCGAGAAGUUUGGUCUGCUGGAGUCAACUGCAGCCAACACACUGCUGCUGAGGAUCACCGCUGAAGAUCCAGAUCUGGGUAUCAACAGACAGGUUAAAUAUGGAAUGUCGGGGGACGACGAAACAUUCUCUAUUGAUCCCGAGUCAGGAAUUAUCAAACUGAUGACGCCUGUGGACCGAGAAAAAAUCUCCCAAUACACACUCAACAUUUACGCUUAUGAUCAGGGUAUACCCAGCCUGACAUCAACUGCAACAUUGACCAUAGAAAUACAAGACGAGAAUGACAACCCACCAGAAUUUGUUCUGUCCCAGUAUUCAGCGGCAGUUCCUGAGAACUCCACUGUAGGUACAGAGGUCAUCAAAGUCCUGGCCACCAGUAAAGACAUAGGUCUCAAUGCAAAAAUGGCAUACAACAUCAUAGGAGGCAACAACAAUAAGAAAUUUGUCAUCGAUGAAAGUGAAGGUGUGAUUAGAGUAGCCAAUGACCUUGACAGAGAAGUAACUGCUGUGUACUUUCUGACUGUCAUGGCAACAGAUUUGAGUGACUCUCCUUUGAGCAGUUCUACGUAUGUCACAAUCAACAUCACUGAUAUCAAUGACAACAAGCCGUUCUUCUCCCAAGCCUCCUACAGAAUGAGUCUGUCGGAGGAUACACCUGUUGGAAAAACUGUGUUUGAGGUGAAUGCUAAUGAUUUUGAUGAGGGACAGAAUGCUCUGCUCACUUUCUCAAUCAUUGGAGGAGACAACUGGCACAGUUUUGAGAUACACCCUGUCACUGGAGAGAUUUCCAUCCGAACACCACUUGACAGGGAAAUGGUGGAUAAGUACAAGUUGUUAGUGGAGACCAAAGAUUCGGGAUUGCCUCCCCUGAGUAGCACCACCUACGUCACAGUGGAGAUUGAUGAUGUUAACGAUUGUCCACCACUGUUUUCAGAGCCCAGCUACAAUGCCACUGUCCAGAAACCUCCGACUGGACUUGAGGACCAAUACGUCGGUUACAAGAUCAUACAUUACACAGUGACAGAUAAUGACCUUGACCCCAAUGGCCCACCUUUCACCUUUGACAUUGUCAGUGGCAAUGAAGGUCAGGAGUUCCGCAUCGAGCCCACAGGAAUCCUCAGCACAGCAGGAAAGUUUAACAGAGACAUCCGAGACUCCUACUCCCUGGUAGUGCGAGUGUUCGACAAUGGCACACCGAAUCUCUACUCAGAUGUUUUCACCACCAUAAACAUCAUAGAAGAAGGCAUGAGUCCCCCGGAGGUGAAAAAUCUAGACAUCACCAUCAGUUCCUAUGAUGACCGAUUUCCAGGCGGUGUUAUUGGGACAGUUGACGCCUCGGACAAAGAUUUAUUUGAUACCCUGAGCUACCAGGUGGUGUCUCCUAAUCGUCAUUUGUUUGACGUGGGAAUUAACGACGGAAGAAUCAUUGCCUAUCCUGGUCUGGACUCCGGGACUUACCUCGUCAAUGUCAGUGUCUCCGAUAAAAAGAACAUUGCUUAUGGAAUAAUCAGGAUUGAUGUAGUUCUGAUUUCUAUGGCCAUGCUUGAAUCCUCUGUGACGAUGCAAAUUCAGAAUCUGUCACCGGAGCGGUUCCUGGUAGACCAUCAAAGGAAUUUCCAGAAAGCUGUCAAGAGAGCUCUCAAUGUGCGAGCCAAUGAUGUUCAGAUCAUCAAUGUCCAAGCAUCAAGUAACCUCGGUAGUGCGCCCCAGACCAGAGUGAAACGCAGCGUUGAUCAGAAAAAUCUGGAUGUGUUGUUUGCUGUGAAGAAGUCUGCCAAUGGAGGUUUCUUCAGAAGGAAGAAGUUGGAGAGGAAACUGAGACAGAACAUGAACAACAUACAGAGUGAGAUGAAUGCCCGGGUCAUCAAGGUGUUUGGAGACAUAUGUCCCCAGGAGUCCUGCAGAGAUGGACAGUGUAUAGGGGUCAUCAAUUUCAACAAGAGCUUGGCCUCCAUUAAAGUGGAGGGAAAGAGUUUUGUCACAGCUAAACACACCUACUCCUACAAAUGUCUGUGUUCUAAUGGCAUUGAAGAUGUGUUUUGCCCCGAGGUGCAUGAUAGCUGUAUCUCUGUUACCUGUCCGCCCCACCAGGUGUGUCGACAUGAACCAUACCAGACCCCUGUUUGUACCUGUCCCGAGGGACGGAAGGGACAGUUUUGUGAAAAGGAGGACAGGUGUACUGAUGCAUCGUGUUUAAAUGGUAUCAAACCAAUGACCUUUUCUGGGAACAGUUUUGCCAAAUGGACUCUGAAGGAAGAGUUUGCGAUAGAGAAGAGAUUGAGUCUGUCUUUAAAAAUCAAGACUCACCGCUCCAUUGCUUCCCUGAUGUUUGCUACAGGAGAUGUGGAUUACAGUAUUUUAGAGAUUUACAAUGGCAUGGUGCAGUACAAGUUUAACUAUGGAAGUGGAGCAGGCUUGGUGAUGAUCCCAAUCCAUGUGGAUGAUGGAAAGUGGCACACCAUUAAUGUGGAGAGGAAUGAUAAACACGCGGAGCUGACCCUGGACAAUAAAUACACCAACAUGGCCAUUGCUCCGGGCAAAAGCCGGGUCCUGAACCUUCGAAAUAAUGAUGUAUACUUUGGAGCUGAUGUCUUUGUCAAUUACAAUGGCGUCCCAGAGGUGAGGAGAGGGUUUGAUGGUUGUAUGGAGGAAAUCAAGCUGUUCAGCAUCAUGCUGCCACUGAAAGGACAGAAUGCUGUGGUCAAGUCACAGGAAUUUCAGGAGGUGGAGUUCCACUGUAAGAACACAGUGUCUCCUCCUUAUGGCUCAAACAUCUGCAGUAUUGUGACUUGCUCCAAUGGAGGAGUGUGUGUGCCCUACCCACAGAGCGAACACUACAUUUGUGAAUGCCCGGAAAGAUACGAGGGAAAUCUGUGUGAAAUUGACCGAGAUCCGUGUGCUAAUAACCCUUGUGGAGAAAAUGGAGCAUGCCACAAUAUGAAGGACUUGCCCAAUGAAUUCAUGUGCAGAUGCAAAGACAAUUACCUGGGCCAGUUUUGUCGCUAUGGCAAAUAUUGUCACUCAUCACCCUGUAGGAAUGGUGGCAGCUGCAUUGAGGGCCCUUCCACCUUCCUGUGUCACUGCCCCAGUGAAUUCACAGGUCCAACUUGUGAAGAACGUUGGUCAGAAAUUCCAAGAACUAAGUUUGUUGAAGCUAACAUAGACUCCAAUGAUUCGGGAAUCACAGAUACAACACUUUACAUCAUAGUCGGGGUGACAGGAAGCCUCGUCUUUUUAGCCAUUUUAUUUGUUGGUGUACAGUGCUAUAGACGGCGACAAAGCAGAACAGGAAGAAAUGUCACCAUGGGUAUUGCUUAUGACGACGAGAGGGAUGUGAUGCUGAAGAGUCGUAAAGACACAUGCAAAGUCAGCGACUUUGACAUCAGUAAAUUCCACAACAUUCCCCCCAGCCCCCAGCCUCCCCCUGUACCUAAUAGACCUGCCUCCUACACCCCCAGUAACCACGACUCUCUCAACACUCUCAACAACCUGGACAACUUCCACAAUUAUGGAUCGGCCGCGGAUGAGCUGGAAAACUGCCACAACAUUCCCUACCUGACCCAGGAGUUCUUGUCCUUCCAUGGCCCACCUCCCCGCAGCAAUGCCAGUGUUGCACCUUCUUUACCUCCUCCUCCUCCAUCAAAUCCUCCAUCAGACACCGACUCAGUGCAGAAGGCAACAUGGGAAGGAGACUGUCCCAACAUGCUGGAAAAUCUAGAGGAGAAGAAGCACCCUGAGAAGUUCCCACGCAUACACCGCCCAGAAUUCCUGUGCCCUGACACUACCUCCUUCAGCAGUCUACCUGUCUCAGAGUCAGAAGACGAACCAGCGGCUAGGUCCAGGAAAAGAGGAAAAGACUAUCACUGGGAUGCUUCUGACUGGGCUCCGAGGCCAUCCCUCCCCAACAUUAGUGAAGUUCCCAUUCAUGAAAUCCAUGAUUCUCCAAGUUCUAGUCCCCAUAGCAACGAGUCUAACACCCACAUAGGAUUUCCUAAUGGCCAGAUCAGCGACUCUGUCCUGUACACAGACCCCGAGCUUUUGGAGUCUGAGUAUGUUGGCGACUCCGAAUUUGCCGACAAUGAAUAUGAUAAUGAGGAAUGUUACGCGAGUCCUCCAAAUUAUCGAAAAGUGCUAGGACUUCCUCAAACUCCUGAGGAGGAAGAAGAGAGUUAUGAACUCCCUCAGCACCAAAUAAACACACACCCCAAUCAAUACCUACCCAAUCACAGUUUUACACAGUCACAGAUGUCAGGUGACCGAGACUCUCGUAGUGAUUGGCCAGAACCACCAUCAUGUGACGAGAAUGACUUUUAUACCUCUGAUAAUGAUGAGGAAGUUGUGAGUUAUGGAUUUCCUAACAGUAAAAAGUUGGCCCCAGGGUUUGUGUCUGAUGGGGGCAUAACGGACAGCGAGUACAAUGUAAGGAAUUCUGUCAUAGACAGAAUGAGCAUGUCUAUGGGCGGAUACGCAUCUACAAAUGCAUCCGUGUCAGACAUUUCAGGCUUGUGUGAAAUUGAGGACAGUGAGGUUAAUCUUAGUGAAGAGGAGGAAAGUUGCGAUGACAAUAUAGAUGAAACUACACCUCUGAACAACCCAGGCGAAAGAAAUACAAAUGUAUAAUCUGUGUUGUGUCUUGUGAUGUAAAUGUGCCAUACAAGUCAUUUCAUCUGAUGUGAUGAAUUUAUCCCAGCCAAGCUUAUGAUGUUGUGAUUAAAUCGCUGACCUCAUUCUCCAUGACGGUAAAAAACUAUAUACUAUACUGCUUUAAUACAUGAUAGCAUGGUGCUAGACACGUAAUUAAAUUGGUAAGGAAAUUCUUACACCCCGUAAUCUGGAUCAGCUAGUGGAUUCAAAUGGCGAAGUAAGAUCUCUUUCGUUUCUAUAUCCACCCCAUCAUGUACUGUUGUGAUAUCAGUAGAUCUGCCAAAACUUCUGUGCGUACAAAUCUGUGUCAUUGUGCAUUGUUAAUCAGCUACACCCACCAUAUUUCAUCCCCGUUUUCAUUAUUUUUUACUGUAAUCCCGUUUUUUUGUGACUAUAACAAUUAGUUGGUCAUCAGCUGAUCGCUGUCCAUGUAAUUAUGCAUGCAUUUGAUAAUUUGACAUGUUUAAUGAACAGAUAGGUGACAUUGUUAUAUUAUUUAUUCUACGUUAAUUAUACAACUGGUUGUGAUUAUGAGUGUAAUUUAUGUCUUUGUGUCGUGUAAUAUAUUAUUCCAUGUUAUUUGUUUUAUAGAAGAUAUAACUAUUUGUUGACCAUAAAUGUAAAAGUAAUGGAUGGUGCUCCAUAAGGGAGAAAUCUCAGUAGUUCAUCAACAUUGAAUUUAAUUAAUGAUGAAAGCAGGUUAUGUAAUGCCAAGUUCUUUUUCACCAUUUGCUGAAUACAUACUGGCUAAAGAAAUGCAUUCAAAUCUAAUUCAUAGAUAAUAUAUUGGUUUUUUUUAUAUAUAUAUUAUGUAUAUGAAAGUGCUUUGUAAUAAUGAAUUUUUGGAAAUAUUUUUUCCUGCCAAUUGUGAAUCUUGGCAGAUUGAUACAUUUUCCAUGACAUAAAAUAUCUAUAUAAGGGAAAAAAUUUAAUACUUGAAUUCUUGAGAUGAUUAAUUUGGUGCUACAUAGCAAAUUUUGUGGCAGUUAAUUCUAAAGCUGCUAGUGCAUUUGAACAUCAUCAUCUCAUUUUACAUUUUUAUGACAUUUUUAUAUUACAGUACAUGAUGCAUCAUGUGACAUUCACCUACUUGUACUGUACAAGUCUUUUUUAGAUAACAUGUGUUCUUAUUGAUUAUUCAAUUUAAUAUACGACACCAAAUGGUGAUUUUUAGCUGUAUGUUUAGCCAGUAAUUAAUUUCAUUGGUCUCAGUUUUAUUUUGUGAGUGUCACGAGAGUUGGAUAAGAUAAUUGUGUAUUUGUACAGUGUAGAAAUGGCUGAGUUAAUAGUGCAUUGUGAGUCAGUUGUCUAUCCAAAUUACAAAUAAAACAUUAAAAAUA